UUCCAUGCUCUACUCACUUUUGCGUAAUUGUUUCCAUCUCAACUGUCGAACAAUUAGAAAAAAACUCAGAGAAAAAUAUCCUUGUGCUUUUUAUAAAGUUUAUUUUGUAGAAAACAGGAAAACUAGAGUUUCUGACGUCUCGGAAAUACAGAGAAUGAAGGGUAACGUAUUACUGAUAAAAUAUAUAGAGCUUUAUCUAUUUGAAGUACAUUUUAUGUGGUUUUAGAAAAGUUCCAUCCGUUCUGCAACGGAACCGGAAUGAAGAUGGCUACCGCUUAGUUUUCGAUAUUAUCGGGGUACGCAAAUUUACAUCAAAUAUCCGUAUCACGAGAGAGCCGGCCAAGUACAGACCUUGGUGCAGACGAUUCAGCAAAAGCGUUCUAGUGUCGGCCGGUGUUGAGGAAUGAGCUUGGAAAACAUGGAGCUGUUGAUUACAUUCAAGUUGGGCACGUUACGCGAUAUCUACAGCGUAGAAAAGAGUCGCUAGUCCCACCGACACAAUGCACAAUGAUACCGACGCAAUCAUAUCCCUCAUAAGCAGUCCUCGUUGGCAUGAUCCGAGAGCAGAACGUCGACGAAAAGCAGACCAUCCAGGUGAUGCCGGGCACAUCUUCGAACACCCGCGUCUGUUACCAUGGCAAGGUUCUUAAACAGGUCAACAGUUGUGGCACCGGCAACCAUUACGUUCAAUUUCAAGUCCAGAUCCCGAGCAAGCUGAAGAACAAGCAGAAAGUGCUGAUACAGGCGUACGCAGAAUUGGAAGAAGUUACCCUCGGCCAAAUCAUGGGCGUUACUUUCGACACCGAUAGAAUAAUCCUCCUCCGGAUUCGGUUUGUCUAAAUCUACGUCAUAUUCCACAUCAUCGUCCUCCCCACAACCUCAUCGUGGUCAUCGAAUUCAUCGUCUCGUUCCUCGGCGACGAAUGGAAAUUUAUUUAUCGAGUUUUAUUUCUGUUAUGAACCU